AACUCAGUAACUGGUUGCUACGGUCACGUUACAUUGUGAUGUCAUAAUGUCUGUGACCUACUUAAGGCAGUGCUGACCAGACAGCUGGUCAUUUCAGAAGUUUCACUGCUUUACUAAACCCCAGCAGUGAAUUUUCUGAAAUUCAUUUUUUAAUAACAUCUUUUAUAUUAGAAUGGCGUUUCGCUCAUUUGCCAAUAAAGGGUAAGAAUCUUUAACUUGUGGGUAGUAUUUCAAGAAGGUGCAUCUGUUGGUAUAAUGUGGCUGCUCUCUGACAUCAUGUUCAUACAAAAUCGUUUUGUGAGAGCUCAUCCACAUUGUAUUCUGAUUUAUCUGUUGAGACUCACCAAAUGCAAAAUAAAAAAAUUAAAUUGUCAUUUCUCUUGUGAUUUUAAUUGUAGAAAUAUCAACUUCUUCAGAAAAUUUUGCAUUAGAUCGACACAAGUAUGUGAUCCUGUCCCGAUCGACAUAGAGAAAGGGGAAAAAGAGAGAAGGGCACCGUUUCCAUACCUCUGUGCGAAGGUUACACUGCUCAUACUUCUCAUUAUCAGAUUCGUCCAUUACAUGGACACAUAUCUAGCUGAAGGUGUUAUGCCGUUGAUUGAAGCAGAAUAUGAACUCUCCAUUGACAAAGUUGCGAGAGUAGAAACAUGUUUUGCUAUUGUUUUUGCCUUGGUCAAUCCAUUCUUUGGACAUCUAUCAGAUCAGAUCAGCCGGAGGACCCUCAUGUGUCUGGGAGUAACGUAUUGGACUCUGUUUGUUGCGAGCUGUUCCGUAAUUCCCCAGGAGUGGGGUUGGACCAUCCCUUUUAUACGGAGUGCCGUGGCCGCAAUAGAAAGUUUUUUUGCAGGCAUUUCCCUGACCCUGAUUGAUGACCUGUGCCCACCUGAAAAUCGACGAGGGACUUUAUGCAUGUUUAACAGUUUCAGCUAUAUAAUGGGUGCCUUUGGGAUCGUUGUGGGAGCAAUUGUGCCAGUCUACUUAGGCUCAAACUGGCGUCUUGCACUGCAGGUAAGGAAAAUUCAACCGGUUACCAUUAAUUAUAUUGGGGUGAUGAGAAGAUACAAUUGAAUAUUGGCUAAACAUUAAAAGACAAAUAAAACAGUGGUUGUUGUGAGAUAUUAGCCUUUUACUAUCAGUUUAGUUGAUUGGAUACUCUACAUGAAAAGAGAUACAUGGCUGGGUACUUAACUGCUGUUUUCUUUGAACACAGACAGUUGCAGGCUUGGGAUUAGUGUGCCUAGUGUUGCUAAUCUGUUUCAUGAAGGAACCACCUAGAUGCUACACUGAGGACCACAGUGAUGACCCUCAGAUGCAGAUCCUCAGUUUUCAAUAUAUUUGGAAGUUGACCUCCUCCUUCUUCAAAAAUCUGAGGAUACUAUUUAAAAUGUGAGUAUUAUUUAUGAUAAAUAACAAUCAAAUGGAAAAUUGCAGAAGAUGUAUAUAUAUUACUAAUCCCUCUCCUCCACUUUCAGACGGAGCUUUGUUUUUCUCACCUUCGCUUCAUGGUCCGUGACGUUCAUUAAUGAAGCCAUGUUUGCCCUUGUUCCUGAUUUCCUGAACCAAACCAGGGCCGUGACAAGCAGUUUGUUUCCCUGUCUGUUGCCAGAUUGUUACUACAGCGACUUCAUGAUCUAUGGUUUGAUUAAAUACAUGGCUGACAUAGUGGGGAUACAAAUAGGA